UGCGUCCAUGUGGACGACUCGAAGCUGAGCCUGAUGAGCAAGAGCCAUCUCACAUGCGUGGAGUACGGCAUCAAGAUGGCCAAGGACCCGAGAUCGGAGUGCACGACGCGACCAAGCAGACGCUGCUGGAGGUAGGCUUCCCCGAGAACAUGCACGACCUGCCCGUAUCCGAGCUGUCCACGGGCUGGCGCAUGAAACUGACCCUGUUGGUCAACAUGCUCAAGCACGCCGACCUCGUUCUGCUGGACGAGCCGACGAACCACCUGGACGAAGAGUCCGUGAGCUGGCUCGGCGAUUACGUCCUCUCGAUCAAGGACUCGUCCGUAAUGGUUAUCUCCCACGAGCCGAAGUUUUUGAACAAGAUCUGUACGGACAUCAUGGCGUACGUGGACAGGAAGCUCGAGUACACCGCGGGCGAUUUCACCGCCUUUGCCGCGAAGAAAGGUCUCACCAAGGAGGGGGGCAGAUCGACGCGAUGCUCUCCGGAAACCUGUCUUUCGAUACGAAAAAGAAGAAGGCGGAUGGCGAGGAGGGCGAGGACGACGACGAACCCGCGGUCUCGGCGCCCGUGUCCGGCCCGCCGAAGCUGA